GAAGGGGGAAGACAGACAUUAAACAUACACAUAAAGGCACCAUUGGUAACUUCGUUACCACUCACGGAUUCUUCUUCUUUUUUUCUUUAAGAUUUUAUUUAUUUACUCAUAGACACGGAGAGAGAGAGAGGCAGAGACACAGGCAUAGGGAGAAGCAGGCUCCAUGCAGGGAGCCCGACGUGGGACUCGAUCCCAGGUCUCCAAGAUCGCGCCCUGGGCUGAAGGCGGCGCUAAACCGCUGCACCACCCGGGCUGCCCACCACUCACGGAUUCUAUUGCCAAUCACUUCUCCAACACCCGCACCAUGCCGGGCAACCACCAGUGACAGUCUCCCUCCGAGGCCCAGACGUGGCCCUCGCUGCCCCAAGAAGACCAUGCACUGUGGCUGCGUGGCCGAGGGUGCACCUGCCGUCCCGGGCAACUCCUGGAUCUCAGGCAUGGCCUUCCCCGACUGGGCCUACAAAGCAGAGUCAUCCCCGGGCUCCCGGCAGAUCCAGCUGUGGCACUUCAUCCUAGAGCUGCUGCAGAAGGAGGAGUUCCAUCAUGUCAUCGCCUGGCAGCAGGGAGAGUACGGGGAGUUUGUCAUCAAGGAUCCAGAUGAGGUGGCCCGCCUCUGGGGCCGCAGGAAGUGCAAACCCCAGAUGAAUUAUGACAAGCUGAGCCGGGCCCUCAGGUAUUACUACAAUAAGAGGAUCCUGCACAAGACCAAAGGCAAGAGGUUCACAUAUAAGUUCAACUUCAGCAAGUUGAUUGUCAUCCACCAUCCUCUGUGGGAGGUGCGGGCACCGCCUUCCCCCCACUUGUUGCUGGGGGCCCCUGCCCUCUUUCGGCCAGCUCUGGUGCCCAUGGGCAUGCCCAGUGAGCUUCUCACUCGGCAGCUCCUGCACAGCAUGUUGUUUGCCCGUCGGGUUGGACAGGAGACCCCCCGAGGGCUGCCAGAGGCCGCUGAGGACAAGAAGGGGAGCGGCGGCAGUGCCCCCCGCCUUGGCUCUCUCCUGGCCCCCUGCCAGCUUGGCCCUUGCUGCCUUCUGGGGAUCCCCCAAGAUGAGCUGCCUGGCCUUGCUGCCUUCACCCCUCCCCUCCUGCCCGCCCUCCCUUCUGACUGGACCUGCCUCUCAGGGCCCUUCCUGCCCCCUGUUCCCCUGGAGCAGCCAUUCCUGGGGGCCCCCAAGCCAGACCCCCUGUUCCCAGGGCCUGGGUGCCCCCCAGUGACCCACCAUUUCUCGGGGCUCCCCCUGUUGGCUGGGCUGGGCCCAGGAGCAGGCGAGAGGCUGCGGCUCCUGUCACUGAGGCCACAGUGGCUGGAGGUCAAGCCUGACCCCCUGAUGGGGGUGAAGGGAUGCCCGAGUCCCAGGGACGGCUUCUCCUUAGACAUACAUGGACCCAAAACAGGGGACAAACAUCCUGCAUCCCCCCACUCGGAGAACUGCAGGGCAGUGUGGCCCCUGGAUCCUCCUUAGGUGGGGAGAUGGGAAGUGGGAGUCCCCCAAACUCCACCCCUCUUCCCCCUCUUCCUGUCUACUUCUUCUCUGGCUUUGUGCCUGGCCCAGCCUGGAAACAGGUUUAAACUGCAGGAGGCUUUGAAAGGGUAGAGCCGAAUAAAAAGGGGUGAGGAUAUUGCAGGGGUAAGGAAGACUGAGGUGGGGGGCUCCCCUCCCUUCCCCUCUCCUGCUCUCCCCUCCCCUCUCCUCCCAUGGAAUUGUUCAUCAGAUGAAGGAGACUGGCCUAAUCUCCACUUUCUUUGAGGGAGCCGGGAAUAAGGGGCCCUUGCCUGAAGCAACACCCCCCACCCCUGCCCUCAGGAGGGAGAUGAUGGGCGUCUGGGUUGGGAGGCCAGGAGCCCAGGCUCCAGUGUCUCUCCUGCCCCUCCACACACACGUCCCCAGCAGCUCCUGUCCGGGGUGGGUGCUGGUCCCCAGCAGCUCCUGUCCGGGGUGGGUGCUUCCUUCUGUCUCCGUUCCUCCGAGACCCGAGGGAGGGGGACAGGGAGGGACUGGCCUCCUCAGAUCUGUAAUUCUGUGCUGUGGAAUAAAGGGAAUAAAACGCCGUCGACACACUGCCCUCUUGGCUGACCACUCCUGACGCAUGCCUCCCAUGCCCCAAUCUGCUGUGGGGUGAAACACCACUGAAGUCCUCGAGGAGGAGGGCUGCCGGCAUCCCCCAGAGAGAGAGGCUGAAAGAGGCGGUGGCGAGGAACUGCCCCAGCCAUGUGGGAGAUGACGCCUUCCCAAAAUGACCCUCAGAUCCCUUGGAGCAGAGUCCAAGGGGCUGGGAGUGAAGCAGGGCCUCUCAGAGUCACCUUCCUCUCUCCCCUGGUUCCCAGAAUGUGGCUGGGGAGGGAGACACAUGAGAGAGAGGUGUUUGCUCAACAAGUGAAAAGCCAAUGGGGGAGAAUGUUCCAGAAGCCAAGAUGAGUGAAUAAAAUUGCUCUCCUGCAUG